AUGCCUCCCAAAGGGAAAGGUGGUGAGGCAAAAGGUGUUGGAAAAGGAGGAGCUUCUGGUGGCAAUGACAAAAAAGCACACAGUCCAAAAGGAGGAAGAAAUGCAGUGAAGGUGAGGCAUAUGCUGUGAGAAAAGUAUGGUAAAGGUGAAGCUAUAGAAAAACUCAAGUCUGGUGUUUGCUUCAGUGAUGUGGCAUCACAGUACAGUGAGGAUAAAGCCCAGCAAGGUGUUGACCUUGUCUGGAUGACCAGAGGUUCCAUGGUGAGAUUUUUCCAAGAAGCUGCAUUUCUUCUUCCCAUUAGUAGCAUGGACAAGCCUAUGUACACUGACCCUCCAAACAAGACCAAGUAUGGCUACAAUAUCAUAAUGGUGAAAAGAAGAAAAUAG